ACACACAACCAGGUUGUUACAGAAGCCAUAGGAUUCGAGUGGAUUAUUGCAAUAGGGUAUAUAAAAAAAGAUUUUUAAACUCAUUUGUAAUUUUCCACUGUUUUUAAAUUCGUUUGUAUGCGAUGUGCAUGCUGAAUAUGAUGUUGUGCAUUCUAUUCUAAUUGGGUCAUUUUCUAAACUUUCAUUAACUCAAACAACUGUGUAUUUAUUACAUAGGCAUAACUGUUGCAUUUGCGCUUUGGCUGCUGUCAGAUGCUUUUGUAAUGUUUCAGGGAUGUUUUAUUCAUUAUCUGUGUGUAUACAACAUCUUCCAACGUUUCCUUAUUUGGUUCACGCAAUUAUUUCGUUUCUUUCGAGUAACAGCAUCACUUCCUGGUGCCAGGAAUGAGUCAAAGAAUAUUUCUGUAUAGACUUACUGUGAAACAUUGCUUUGUCUGUUAUCAAGCAAUUGCUUAGGCCUACAAAAAAAGUCACAACAGAAUGGAAUACAUUUAUAAUAAUGACACUCUGCAUAUAGCAUUAUGUUAAUGCUACUUCAUAGAAGCUUCAAUAUCAACUCUAAUUACUGAAUGUCAAUUAUUCUUUACAUGAAGUCUUUUUGUCCAGUGAUUGGUAUCUGUUGGCACCUCCACGCAGCAUAAACACUAAUCCCUUCACUGAACCGGUUUCACAGAUACAGAUCAGCACUUUCCAUAAGAGAUGAAAUGCACAAUGAACAAACAAUAGAACUGAAUCUACCAAUAACAGUGAGGAGGUCUCACCCUUAUCUUUUCCCUAUGCAUGAGAAGACAAUGCAGGUGGUAAGAGGAGUGAGGGAUUGUUAUGUCACAUGUGGGCAAAUAAAAGGUACAGAAUGCCAGCUAGGGACACCAGGUGCCUUCGUGGCCACAGCAAAGUGCCACAGUACCAGUACAAGAUCAGGGAGAAUUCACUUUCUCUAGGAGACACAACGUAGUUAGUCAGAACAUGACCAGUCAGACAUGAAGAUUGAAUGUGGCUUUCAUUUCCAUUAGAAUGAGGGAGGAGGGGAAAUGGGUGAGGGAAAAGAAGCUUUGACAGAAAGAUGGAGUAAGGGCAUCUCUUGCCAGGGAAUGCAUUUUGUGUCUGAAAAACACUAUGAUGUAGAUGGAAGUAAGUGGAAAGCUGAGGAGUUGAAAAAGGGCAGAAGAGAGAGAGAGAGAGGAUGGAAGAGAUUGUAGUGACUGAGGAGAGAAAAUAAAAGUGAAAGAGAGCAUUUUGGUCAAAGCAACAAAAAAGUGUCAGGGGGCUUUUGAAAGGCAAGUGUGCAGCUGGAUUAUGAAGACUGAACGGUGCAGGAUACAAUGCUGCUGGUUUUUCCUGUCUGAAAAGAGGUGAAGAAGAAUAGACAAUUAUCCAUCACUAAUGUAAGACACGAUAAAGGCAAAAGUGAGGGCAGAGAAAUGGUUCUGUAUGUAUGACAUGUCUGAUCUCAGGAGCACUCAGUGUAAUAGCGUUUACCGUGCACUCUGUAGACUUCCUUUCCUCAGUUCAUUAGAUUGAUGGUGGGAUUGCUUUGUGCAGAGACUCCAUUGAGUAGGAAGAAAAGCCAUAAGGCAUUAGACUAGAGAGUGGGAACAAAGGGGAGAAGAGUGAGAUAUUCUAACUUCCGUGAGACAUUUUCCAUCUGAUCUGCUCAGGCAUUGUAACUUUGAUCCACUUCUCCACCAACACGCAGUGCUGCUCAACUCAACCCAGGUUCCCCUAAGUAGUGAUACAUUUCUGCAACCGUUUUAACGGCUGGUAAGAUGACAGUAAGACUGACUUUGUUCUGUUUUUUGUUUUUCUAUCUAUUUUUCCCUCCAUCUUAUUCCUACUGUAUCACUCCAUUCUAGUCCUCUAAAGACCUCUUCCUGUUUCACACCCCCUUCAUCCUCCCUUCUUCCCCCUCUCCCUCCCCCGUGUACCGUUCCUCUCUUGACGCUGUCUCUCUGUGACCUCUCCAUCAUCCAUCCACCUACUUCUCUUUUGUUCCAACCUCGUCCCCUGUAACUCCCGUAUCCCGCUGUGCACACUCUCUACCAAUUGUGUGUGUGCCAUCUAUUGUAUGUCUGUGUCGGUGAGAAACCCGCUACAGCGGCGGCGCUCUCUGGGUCCCGUUUCACCUAAACGCAUCUACAGAAACCUGUCGGUCAGGCUGAGGGGCGGAGAGUCCUCUUUUUCUGGAGAGACAGACAUGCCGAAACAUCCAUGCAAGGCCCCUCACACAUAUCAGAACCUGUGGGAGGCGGUGGAGAAGGAGGACACCCUGGCGGUGCAGAGCCUGCUAUGCAGGGACAGAGUGUGUGGCGGAGGAGGAGGACGGGAUAAAGAGAAGAAAGAGAAGGACUGGGAAAGAGAGAGGGAGAAAGGUGUAAACAGAGUGAGUGAGCAGGGCCUGGUACCUCUGGACGUGGCUGCUCUAACCCAAAACUCCCCUCUGCUGCACGUGUUGACCAAGGCAGGAGCCAGACACAACCCCGUCUUGUGUCUUCCAGCGGAGUGGUUGUGCAAGCUAGAUGCCCUGGUGAUGUUGGCUGACAGGCAGGUGGAGGACAGGAGGGAGGAGCUACUGGGUGGAGCAGGGGCGGGGCCACAUGUGCAGGCCGACAUACAGAGGCGGCUCCACCUCUGGACUCUGCGGCAGCAGCUGUACUGCAGGAUGAGGGAGAGCUUCCACCACACAGACCUCCCUGGCCCUCCAAGUAGUGUGUCACUGUUUGUGACCAGUGCCUCUUCCCUGUUUGUGUCCAUUCGAGAGCCAAACGGUAUCGCCACUGGAUUGAUCACACGCUACAGAGUGGAAUGGAGCACCUCGACCAACUUCAAGAGUAUACUUGGCUCAGCCCAAGUGAUCGACACUAAGACCCCCGUCCACAGCAUCACAGGACUCAAGACAGGAAUGCACUACUUUGUGAGAGUGACCGCCUACAAUGUGAAGGGAUGGGGCCCGGCUCAGAGCUCCAGCCCAGUCAGUGCUGCCCCCUCCAGCUGGAGGGAGUGUAUGGGAGUGAAAACUCCAAGCAGGAACAAGGAGGCUCUAGUCAGGAGACUGUUGGAACAGACCAGAGAGCCACACUACAAGGGAUACUGUAUAGAGAGCUCCAAGCCCCAGAGCCCCAGUAAGCGCCUGUCUAUGUCUCGCAGCCUGAAGCUGCUCUUCCAGUCUGCCACCAAGUUUGUCCGUCUCCUACAGAGGGGUGUAUACCUGGCAACUGUGUUCUACAGAAAGGAAAACAUCCUGGUCACAGCAGAUGACCAGCUCCCAUUGGUGGAGAUCCAGUGCUGCUCCACCUCCAUCUCUCAGGACUUCCUUUGGUUUGCCAAGUUGUCCUGUGCGUGGCAACAGGUGCCCUGGCUCCAGCAGGCCCUCUCCUCCGCUCUCUCCUCCUCUUCAUCACUACUUCAGAACAGGCACAAUAUCCUGCAGGCUGUAGCACAACUACAGUCCUCUCUGGGGACAGUAGACUUGGGGCAGGUGUACUAUGAGCCUCUGAAGGACAGGCAGGGUAAUGUCCUGCUGGUGACAGUGAAGGAUUGUGCGGACCACACAAAACCCCCAGACCUCCCUCUCCACUGGGUCCCCCUGGCCUGGCUGGAGAAGAACCGGAGCAGGACCCCUCUACUCCCAGAGCCUACUGCCAUGGACACCCUCACAGAGCAGCUCAAGGAGAAGCUGUCCUUCCACAGACGCAGUGUCCAGUGGGCCCAGCCGGGCCUGUACGUGGGCAUCUUGAAGCUGUGCAGCACAGUGGAGCAGAUCAGGGUUCUAGUGCCCCAGAGGCUGCCCAACCUGCUAUGCCACGCCAGAAUGCGCCACAACCCCCAUGUGUCCCGCGAUGAAUGGGCGUGGUUACAAAGCCACAACAUGUUAACAGCCAAUGAGGACACAGAGGGUGAGGAUGAGACCUCGAUGGACAUCUCUGAGCUGGGGGAGUUUGUGAGGUCACUCAGGGCCGCUGUCACUCUCCUGUUGACAAAGCUCAACAUCCCCCUCUACAGGGCGUAUCAGUACGGUGUUUACACUCGGGAGCUGCUGCAAUUUGGGGAUAAGAUGUCCAUGCUGCUCCUGCUGCCCCCGAGUGAAGACUUCAGUUCUAGCUACUGGCCCCUAGUGGGCACCAAGGAGACAGGCCUCACAAUGCCACUGCAGAUCUUUGAGCUGGUGCACUUCUGGACGUACGAGCAAGACUUCCUGUCUCAGUACUGUCAGGUCUGGGUUCGGUUGGAGCUGGAUGCCCAUCUGUCCCAGCAGGCUUUGCGAGAAGCUCUGGACACGAAGGAGGUGCAGGAGGCCAGAGACCGCCUUGGUCACAUCACUCAGCUCUCACAGAGUCUUGAGGUGGUGUGGCGUGAGGCCCGGUGGAUCAUGGAUGUCCUGCAGUGUGUCCGCUCUAAACAGUGGGUGGGGGCGGUGCCUCUGGGCCUGGUCAUGGGAGGAGACCCACCUGCCUGCCCAGAUGAUGAGGAGGAUGACAGGCCUACCACCAGAGUCUGGCCCCAGCGCAUACUCUCUCAAAAUAAAAUAUCAGAGAGCAUUACCUGUACUGUUACAGAUGUUGGUGUCAGCAGUGGGAUCUCUGAGCCAAUAUGUAUCCCGGGGGUUCAUGAAAAGGCUGUGGGUUUAAUUGAGGGGGCUAGCAAAGGGGGGUACCCCGUGGACCUCAGUGCCCAACAGCCUGUUGUGGCGUUAAACAGCCUGGACCAGUCAGGAGUUGGGUUCGACAGUGUGGCCCAAUCAGAAGUGGUAUAUCAUAACAUUAUGGCCCAAUCAGAAGUGGCAGAUCAUGACAUUGUGAACCUGCCAGCUGCCUACAGUGGAGAACUGGACUAUCCUCACAGUUUUGUCAGUGAUGUGAUCCCGCCUCUACCAGAGGUGGACAUCAUCUUCCCCACACUGAGUCUGAUAGAUGAAGAGAGGGAGGAGGACCCUGUACCUGGGAGGAUGGAUAUGUUUGACAGUUUAAGUCUUGGAGUCGGUGAAAGCGAGGCUUUCUGUGGACUAAACUCUGACUUGAAGAGUGGACCUAAGGGUUGCUCUCUCUCUGAUGUGCAUCAUGAUACGAACUCACUGACAGCAGGCCUUAGUUUAGGAGACAGAACCUGUGCAGAUACACUGUUCUCAGGUCAUUUAGAUGGGCUGGCCACAUCUGCCUCUCUUCCCAUUGUGAGGACCACACCUGCCCAGAGCUGGGAUUUACCUACAGAGGACACUAUGAUACAUGCUGGCAACAGGGGGGGCAGCAUGCCAGCCAGGAGCCAGGUUGAGUGGGAGAACUCCUCUAACCAGGCAUCCUGAUGUAUCCAGAUAUCAUUAGAACUGAACGUUACACCGAAAUACAUUGUACUUACUCAUCGUGCCUCUCUAAGAAUUUGACAACCAAUUCUCAACAAAUUCUUAAUAUGCUUUUAGUGCCUUUAACUAACAAACGGUGGGAUAUUCAUGGUUGUUUCCUCAUCCCAUUAUCUGACUCUCUGUAGUUGUUCCAGUGGUGAUAUAAAAGGCCUGUCUCCAAGAGACCCGAUAGACAUGUUCUGUGCUUCUGUACGAGAGAUGUCUCCCUGUUGCAACUUGUAUUCAACUGAAUUGAUGUAUGAUUGUCUAUAUCCACAACUGCUAUUCUCUUUUGUUCAAUGUAAAAUACUCUUCACCGUAUUGUACUCUAUCUAUUAACCUGUUGCCCUUGUGUCCUUUGAACACACAACUAGCUAGUCUACAGUAAAAUCAGUUGAAUGGUUUAUCUUUAUGAAAUGACCAAAUAAAAGUAUUUUCAGCUGUA